AUCUGCAAAUCACAUCAUUAUCUAUUUCAAAGGACUCUGCGCGCAUUCUGAUGUUAUCUGCUACGGGAAACACAGUAAUUGGGCAUAUAGCUGAACCAUACACUUCGAUGCACAUCGUCGACACUAUCCCCCCAAUCCCCACUAUGGCUCAGCUAUUGCUCCCGAUGUCUCCAUGGUUCAAGGACAAAGGGAAAAACUUGAUUUACCUUCCUGAGACCGUGCAGCGUCUCUGGGCAAGAAUGGGCAGUGAUCCUCGUGGGUUAAUUCUUGAGUUGAAGACUGGCGAGAUUGUUUCUUUGGAACUGGAGGAUUAUCUGAAAGCUUUCAAUUUAGGCUCGGACUGGGGGAAGGGUAACGUACAGUAUGUGACAAAUGAUGAAGACUGGGCAGCGAAUAUACUAGCCAAUUUGUCUCAAUGAGCUUCGGUUCACUACUAGCUAUAGGAUCUUUUUUAUUGUAUUAGUAUGAUAUUUGAUUCUUCUGGUUUGAAAUU